AUGGGCCCCUCCAAAAAGUCCGCAAAAGCCUCCUCCCAGAGUCGCGGCAACAGCAAAAACGAACCCAAAAAGUCUUCGAGGGGUACCACUACUCGGGGCAAGCAGCAGCACCGGCCGCAGAAUCAUGCUGAAUCGGCCGCCGCAAAUCAGAUCGAUAUCUCCGCGACCAUCCCGCUGACCCUCCAGCAACUGCUCCUGAACGUCUUCAAAGCGGCCUUACUCACGCAUCGAGUGCCUAGCAGCAUAAGCAGCAGCAGUCGGACUGAGAAACGCGAUGGCGAGGGUGACGAGGGUAAUGCGGGCGGUAUUGGUGCCGAGGCAGUAGUAGCUGAGCAACAGCAACAGCAGCAGCAGCAGCCCCAACUGGACAUCAAAGGCCUCAUCCAGACCAUCAAAUCUCAUCUGUACAAUCGGGACUUCGACUCGGCGUUUACGGACGCCGAUGAGGAGCUCCUGCGUGCGUAUGCUCUGCGCUGGAGCUCGUCGCGCGCGUUGGGCUAUGCGGGAAUCUUUAGGGCUUUGUUGGGGGUGCUGUUCAAGCGUGAGGGUCGGGAUGCUGACGCUACUACUUCGGCGGUCGAAGCUGGUGGUGGUGGUAGUGGUGGUGGCGAUGGAGAGCAAGAAGGGCCACGAACCCUCGCUGCUGCUGUGGGUGAUCUCUCUUUGCGCGAGACGAAUGAACCGGAGGCUCAGGCUACUGCCACGGUCGAGGAAUCGUCGUCACCCGAUGGACAACAACAACACCAACAAAGCCACCGGCUCUCCGUCACAGCCAUCGAUAUCGCGGACUGGUCGCCCAUCGUCGACCGACUGGUCUCCACCAUCCGGUCUUCCGCCGUCGCGGGGUCGGACGCGCAUCCGGCUCCUUUGUAUCGAGACGCGGGGCUCAGCAUCGGCCCGGACGCGCAGAACGACAGUGCACAGACAACGAGCAGCAGCUUCCAGGUAGGCUUCCAGAAGCUGGAUGUCCUUUCGGCCUCAGAGGAGGAGCUGCGGAGGCUGGUACAGCCGGACACUACCAGCGGCACCGUCCUGGUGACGCUGAUGUUCACGCUGAACGAGCUAUUUUCGACCUCCAUGGCCAAAGCCACGGGCUUUCUGCUGCGGCUGACGGACAUGCUGCGGCCGGGUGCGGUGUUGCUUGUGGUUGAUAGCCCCGGUAGCUAUUCUACGUUAAAACUCGGGAAGAACAGCGCCGGUGGCUCGGGCGAGUCGACGAGUAGCAGCACGUCGGAACGACAGUAUCCGAUGAAAUUCCUGCUGGAUCAUGCGCUGCUCUCUGUCGCGGCGGGGAAGUGGGAUCGGCUGUUCUCGCAGGACUCGCGCUGGUGGAGGCGCGAUGCGGCGCGGCUGCGGUAUGGUGUGGGGGAUGCGGCGGGCUUGGAGGAUAUGAGGUUUCAGGUUCAUAUCUAUCGCCGGUUAGCGGAUUGA